GAGGAGGCCCAACCCCGCCCCUCCGGCGCGGCGCCCACCGGUUAAGGUCCCUGCCUUGCCGUUCUCUUUUCGCUUCGGAGACACUUUGACUCUUGGGCCGCCCGAACUACUACGAAGUUAUGUUUAAGCAUACUUUUCAUUAGCUUGUCUCUGGCACUGUGGAAGCCACCUUUAUUUUUCAACCCAUCUUUUAAUUUUCUCAUUAAGAAUACUUUCUACACCAGCCCUAGUAGUUUCAUGACACCACGGAAACACUACGGUUUUUAAAUUUUUUUUCUCCCGUCACUACAUAGCAUUUAAUAACAGUGAUUCAUUAUCUGCCAAUCAUAUUUAUGGAAUUUGAAGCGGCUAAAAAGCCCGCUUCUGCCGCCAUUUUCAUUUGGGUUUCUAACUUUGAGAUCAGAAGCCAUUUUUCGUUUGGGCAGAUCCUUCCUUCUAACCCAUAGCGUUUUGCCGCCAUCUUAGGUCCUGGCACUGGCUUCCAAUAUUUGCGAAGCCGGUCUCGCCAUCUUGUGUUUGGGCGGUGGUUGCGCGAGGUGAUACUGGGAAAGGGGAAGUAAGCCAAAACUUCAAAAUCUUGUUCUGCCGCCCAAUUCUAGUCUUGAAUUUUCACAUCCAGUUAUUAGUCCACCAGUGACCCUGGAUAGUAACAAAGCAUAUAAAGCCCGAACCCACCUCCCGCCGCCAUUAUAGGUUCGUAGCUCCUGUGGAAAUCAGUAAACCAUGGAAUCUAAGAAAUUUGCCAUUAAAUGUGGGAAGUUUGCCGUCCUGGUGGAUCUUCAUAUAUUGCCACAAGGUCUAAACAAAGAUUCCAGUUGGUUUUCUGAACAGAAGAAAGAGGAAAUCUGUUUGCUGUUAAGAGAAACCAUUGAUUCCAGAGUUAAGGAGUACAUGGGCAUUUAUAAACAGCACAGGCCGUCAAAUGCGGAAUUCACAAGAUCCAGCCCUUUGUCCUUAAAAGGUUACGGCUUUCAGAUCUCAGCCUAUUUCCUCAAGAGGGGAAUAGCCCUUCGCUGUAUCCAGAGCUCACAGAAUACGGAACUUCGUAUAUUUCCUGAGAGAUUUGUGGUCUGUGUUAGUCACCUUGCAUUCGGCCCUGAUACUUGGGCAAACCAGAAUGAAAAAUUGACCAAAAGCGCCCUCCAUGGAGUGUGUGACUAUUUUGCCAAGUGUGCGGAGAGUUCGCCUUCUCCUGUUACAAAGCUCAAGAGAAACGCUCUGAAAGAAAUUGUGAGAAGAACUGAAGCAAAAAGCACUGUUGUGACCAAAUCACAGACCAGCAAAGGCCUUGUGGGAAGAUCUAGUGAGUCAGUCAUUACCGUGGUACCAAGGAGGAAGGAUGCCUCAGCUAUUCUUCUGUCAGAAUCUGUGGGUCGAGCACAGGAUGACAUAAAAGCAGCCAAGAGCCACUGGGAGCUUCCGGUUCUAAAGCUGGAAAAUGUUUCUCAGACUCAGCCAGAAGACACUAACAGCCAGCAACAACCUCACUCCGGGGAGUGGUUAAAGACAGGGCUUCUAAGCAAGAACCCUGUGUACAGCCAUGAGUCAGCAUCACCAGGUCCAAAGCAAAGUCCACGAGCAGCCAAGACACAACAGAAACGCAGGAACCGUGGCUCUGCGGAAGACUCUGACCACCACAGCAGAGUGUCUCUUGGAAAUGAUGGAUUAGUCCCAGGAGACAUGAUGGUGGAAAGGAGCACAGCUGUCAGUGUUUUGCCAGCGUUAGAGUUGUCAGAUCCGGGGUUGCUUUUGAAACAAGAUUUGGCAAAAGCCACAACUAAAGAAGAACUACAUGCUUUGGAAAAUCUUUCCUCCAGACAUCUCAUGAUAAACAACCCAGGGCAGGCACAGCAAACCGGCUCAGCUGCAAUUACUGAAAGAUUAGCUACAGUGCAGGACGGCCCCAGCCAGAAGAGAAAGAAAUUGCAGAGUUACAGCAGAGGAUGUAGUGGCAAGAAAAACUGAGUGUGUAGUUCCUGGGAUUUAGAAGGACUUUGGGUAAUUACUUUAAGGAAACAAAUAUUUAGGGGCAGAAGAGAAGUCUCAUCUUCUAAAAGCAUUUACUUGCAGAGGACACAGGUUUCUGACAUGCACAAGGUAACACACAGCCAACGUAAGCUCCAGAUCCAGAAGACCUGACACCCUUUUUGACCGUGGGCACCAGGCAUACACAUGGCAUGCAUACAUACACGCAGGCAAAACACACAUACACAUAAAUCUGUAAAACUGUUUGUGUUGGAAUUAGCCUUCACAGUCACCUCCUGGAGUCUGUUUUUCUAAUAGGCUUGUUGCUUUCUCAUCAUAUUUAUAACUGUCUCCAGAAAAUAGUGUGUUGACAAAGAGCCCUCUACCUGCCAAGGAGUAAAGCGUGUAUAUAGGACCCCAUGGAGAAAUCAAUGAUGGGGGCCUUCUCACCCCACUGUGAAGACCUCUGGAUGGGAUAAGGAGAGACAGUGCUAUGUGCUAUGGGCUAGUUCCAGUGCUGAGGUCCUCUUACUCCUCAAACUGAGUACCUGACAUUGAAAAGAGCCAAGUGGUUCUCAGCAUGAGGCUCUGUGAGGAAUGCAGGUAUUGGAGUCUCAGGACUGAUUUCUUCCAGCCUGGCUACCAUGGCUUCCAUCAGCUGAGGCCACAUGUGGAAACGUGCACCCUUGCACUCCCUCAGACUUGUAAAGUGUGUUCAUUGGGUUUGGUGUGUGGGUCAACUACUUCCCAGGUUCUGCUAUAGGACGGACAUGGACCUAGGGAGGUUUUACAUCUGUAGUUGCCAGAAAUGUACAAGUAGUUUCUCAGCCUGAAGUGAAAACACAAGAGGUGGAUCCUGUGAGGUGCAGGUUUGUUCCUGCACUUGUUCACGCUGUCCGCAUUCUGGUUAUGGUUAGGACAGACCAGAACCCAAAGGGAGCUCAGUGGCCAUUCCAGUUCCCAGUUUGGAGUUUCCCAGGGCAUUUAAAUGUUCUUGUCAGUUGUGCAGCCUGCUCUCAAGAAAGACAAGAAGCCUUACGUUGUCAACCUGGAAGUUUCACCUGAGUAUCCCAGUCUCAAAGGACCAGAAACUGCUUGCUGGCAUUCCUUUCCUUUCCUGCAGAACUUUGUUCUUGAGAGCUGAUUCCAAGACCUUGAGUCCUCAAUGGAAGCAUGAGUAGCCUCCAUUGUAUACCAAGAAGCAAUUCGUUCAGAUAGAUCCUAAUGUCAAAGCCAGUCCCAUCAGAAUAAUGGGUGCUUCCCACUGUGGAACUAAGAUAUUCUGACAUGGAAGAAACAGGGUUUUAAUCAUUUAAUAGUUAAGGUCAUAUUUGGUAUUUAUACAAAUGUUUGGAUGUCAAGGAAUGUUUUGUUUUUCAAAUUUGCCCUAUUAUAAGAAAUAAUGAUUAUUAUAACCAGUGAGAAAAAAAAAUUAGUAUGUUUCUGAGCUGUAGAUAGAUGUGGCCUUUCUCACAGCCUUCAUGCGCAAUGGAUUUUAACAGGAUUAACAGGGAAUGGCUCUGGGCUCCCACACUAUGGCAUAUGUUUAAGGAAUUUUGCCUCUAAGCGUUUUCCUUCAGCAUGUCUGAAACACCUCCUCAUCUCUUGUUUCUUGAAUGGUUUUACAGUUCUUUGAAUAUAUGGACAAAGGGAAAAUUAAUCCCAAGUGUUUUGUUACGUAUCAGGUGGGAUAUUAAAUAUUUUAUACUGUUGGGAAUUGUAUAUAUUCUUAACAACUGUAAUAAAUUCACAUUUGAAAGUC